UGCUAUAAAUAACUUUGACGUCGAUGGCUAAAUCUCGAAUUUGUGAUUAAGACAAGAAGACUACGAAUGUCAUCGAAUUCGCUUCUUUAUUUUACCGAMGAUCAACUUAUUUUUAAAGAAGCUCCUCGAAUUCACUGAAAAUUGAAGCCGGAAUCCUUUUUGGUAUUGUUCAUUUUGAAAAGCUAUAGGGAAAUUCGACUUGUUCUAUUCAAUUAUGAGUGCCAAUGCGACGUGGAGAGAAAUGUUCAAUUUGGACCUGCUAAAUAGAAGCACAGGCUUAGUAGUCUUCGAGACGUUUAUAAUGGUGAUCAUCCAUUGUACAACUGCUAUUGGUAACAUCUUAUUCUGCUUUGUAAUCUUCAAGACACCUUCCUUACAAAACAAGACAAAUAUGUACAUCACAGCUCUGGCUAUUUCWGACACUUUAAAAGCGUCAUUAGUCAUGCCUUUAACGAUUGGAGUACUUGURAAAGGAAAGUGGUUAUACGGCUACACCUUAUGCCAAGUUCAGGGCUUUGCUAUUUURUUUUCAACAUUUGGUGCAUUGCAAACGAUGUCGCUUAUUGCCUUAAAUAGAUAUUUCUGUGUUGUCAGGCCUUCAAUGUACAGAAAAUGGUUUCAAAGAAGGUAUUGCAUAGCAAUGUUGAUUUGUGUGUGGCUGCUUUCUUUCAUAGUAGCUGUGGCUCCAUUGGCUGCUCAAGUUGGUAUGUUCAUCUUUAGRGGAGAAAGAUCCUGCUGUUGGAUUACCAUCCCAGAAUUCUCUUCCAAUAUUGCUUAUACCGUCUCUGGUCUWUUACUCUUCAUCUUCGCGCCUUUUGGGACCAUCAUUUCGUCGUAUGUCCUGGUCUUUCGURCAAUACACAGACAUGCUAAAAUCCUUGCUUCUCAUCAGCAGGUCGGUGGCCGAACAGCCGUUACCAUGAGAGACAUUAAGGUGACAAAACAAAUUUUYGUUCUGGUUGUUGGAUUUGGAUUAUGCUGGAUUCCUUGCAUCAUUAUAGAGUUGCUGGACUCUUUUCUUCCUGGYGGURCCCUAUCUCGAGGCACAUACAUGACUUAUAUUUAUCUUGGGUAUAUUUCCAGUGCUCUUAACCCUAUCUUAUAUGGUAUUAUGAAUCGGUCAUUUAGGGCGGCGUUUCUAAAUGCUGUUUGUUUCAAAAAUAUUGAUAUCCAUCAAAGCUCAGUGGUUGAUGGUCAAUGAAAUGACAAUAUGCAUCACUUCUCCUGUCGCUGAUAUUCUCCGGAAGUAUAAGAUGUCAUUUCAUUUCUAUGCUGAUGAUACUCAAAUAUAUAUUCCUUUCUCYUGUAAUGAUGAAAACGCCCUAGAUGUUGCCUUAAACAAUAUYAAAGCUUGCCUCUGUGAUAUUGAUCUCUGGAUGACUCUCAACAAACUGAAACUGAAUAAGGACAAAACAGAAUUUCUUAUUUUUUCGUUAAGCGCUGUCCAUUGAGCUCCUCACCUGAAAUCAGCUUUGGCUCUGAAAUAAUUCAUCCCUCCUCUUGUGUUCGUAACAUUGGUGUUCUUUUUGACUCUUCUAUGUCCUUGGCUUAUCACAUCAAAAUGACCUGCAAAUCCUCUUUUCAUCAUCUUCGAAACAUUUCAAGAAUCAGAAAAUUCCUGUCUGUGAAAUCUACGGAAAUCCUUGUUCACUCGCUUAUAUCAUCAAAACUUGACAAUUGCAAUUCUCUACUAUAUGGYCUCCCUAAAUAUCUAAUGGAUCGUCUACAAGCUGUCCAAAAUGCCUGUGCCCGUCUUAUCAUGCUCUCUAAAAAACGUGACCACAUUACAUCUCUACUUAUCGACUUCUCACUGGCUUCCUGUCUCCGCACGUGUCAAGUUUAAAAUUCUCCUUCUGACUUUCAAAGCUCUUCAUGGCCUGGCUCCUAUUUAUGUUCAAGACAUGCUUGAAAAAUAUCGUCCUUCUCGUUGCCUUCGUUCGUCUUCUCAACUGGUACUGUCUUCCAAGUCUUACAAUCUCAAAAGUUAUGGUUAUCGUUCUUUUAGUGUUGCUGGUCCUUUUCUAUGGAAUUCACUCCCAUCUUCAAUCGGAGACAUUUCUUCACUUGACAAUUUUUAAACUGCUCUUAAAACCUUCUUAU